AUUGCGGUUCUGGUAUCAAUAUUAUGGGAUUCAAAUACUCAGCAACCAAGCGAGGGAAGGUGGGAUUUGUUGCGAAAAAUUAUCAUGCAUGGUCCCACCGACAGGCAUGGUUCUUCCAGUGGGUGCUUCAGGCCUUAGGCGGUUGGGAAGGUGAACUUGAUUACUGUCACCAGCUUCUUGAAGACGAUAUUUUUAAUAAUUCGGCUUGGAAUCAGUGGACACUCCAGAGAUAUUUCGUAGUGACAAGAUAUCCUCUCUUUGGAGGCCUUCAAACAAUGAGCAUAAGGUUGUCAGUGACGGGAUUCAAGCUCUUAUUUUUGCAACUUUAG